AUGUACUACUUGUUCGAGAGGAUUCAUAAGGAGUUCAGUGAGUUGGUCGAUACACUGGUGGAGUGUUUUUGUGCCGACACGAAUAUUCCAAUGGAAACACUUCGCGAAGCUUUGAAAAGCGCCGAACCUGAUAAACUCACCAUCAGACAGAGGUUUAUGUGUGGUUUGCUCCCAUCUGUAUUACAAAUCGAAGAUGGUGAAACUUUGAAGAAUAAAGCAAAAGUGAUCUCACCAGAGGAAACGGAACGAUACGUCCUCAUUGCGGUGAUGAGGCAAAGCAAAGAAGAGUUUGAUAAUCUCACCAAAAGUGAAAUGGAAGAAUUAGAAGACGUACUGAGAAGCAGCGAAGAGGAGAGAAGGCGGUUGGAAAUGCAACGUGGAAAAGAAGAGGAACUUUUCAGCCGUGCUCUAGCUGCUAGAAAAGAGGUGAAUUAUAUCUCGUUAUGA